UCGGGGGCGGUCAGCGCGGCCCACAGCGCGGGCGCCAGGUUUCUUCCCACGUCGCGGGCUCCCGGUGCAGGCUUGUCAGCUGCGUCUUAACCGACAGGACGAACAUGGGGGCCGUGGCCGCCAGGCGCUGCGUCGAGUGGCUGCUGGGCCUCUACUUUCUCUCGCACAUCCCCAUCACGCUGUUCAUCGACCUGCAGGCGGUGCUCCCGGCCGAACUGUACCCGCAGGAGUUCACCAACCUGUUGCGGUGGUACUCUAAGGAGUUCAAAGACCCUCUGAUGCAAGACCCUCCAGUGUGGUUCAAGUCCUUCGUGUUUUGUGAGCUUGUGUUCCAGCUGCCUUUCUUCCCCAUUGCAGCAUAUGCCUUCUUCAAAGGAAGCUGCCGGUGGAUCCGAAUCCCUGCCAUCAUCUAUGCAGUUCAUACCAUAACGACAUUAAUUCCAAUCCUCUAUACACUUCUACUUGAGGAUUUCUCCAAAGCUGUUGCUUUCAAAGGAGUAAGACCUGAGAAUUUCCGUGAACGACUGACCCUCAUAGGUGUCUAUGUCCCCUACUUAAUAAUCCCCAUUAUACUCCUCCUGUUCAUGUUGCGGAACCCUUACUACAAGAACGAGGAGAAAAGAAAGAAAAAAUAACAGACACUAGCCUGGUGGUGGAGAUCCCACAGCACAGUUGCCUUCUGGACAAUACAAGAAAAACUGCUCUGAAACCCAUGUUUCAGCAGCAUUUGAAACACAAGCAGCAGUGUACACAAGAACAAGAUAGUGGUGAGAACCAUGUCAGGCCCUCACCUCCCAAGAGCUGAGCAGGCCAUCAGCAGGGGGAGGGACCAGCAAAAUGGUGCCAAAGUUCUGCCACAUCAUUGCUAAACAACAGGCAAACAAGCCAGUUAGCACACACCUGACUAGAUCCUAACUACCUCUAUAGCUGAUCACUUGUCAACCAGUGAGCACUGGGUGUUUAGGCCACCUUAAUGUCACAAAUUUUGUCUCUUUAACAUCCAUGAAAAACUACCUGUUUUUUUUGGGGGGGUUUUUUUUGCCUGUACCUCCGCCUCAUGAGUCUAAGCCAGAAAUGGUUUACAGUGGAAGGUAGCCCCGUCUUCAAGUUAUCCUGCUAGUCGUUGUACUUCCCAGCUCUGGUGGCUCAGUGCCACCAGGCUCCCUGGUAGAUAUCUUUGUCCUUCCCAUCUUGUCCAGACUGGGAUGUGUCUGCUGUUCCACUGGCUCUCCUCGGAGAAAUGAAAGAUUGGUGGGUGCUAGCAAGUGCUCUUUUACCAUAUUGUUGUGGUUAUUACUGUCUGACUUGUGUGUCUGGUCCAAAUAAAGAUAGCUGCUGA